UCCAUACACGUGCGAAGCUCCUCCACAGCCUCGUUGCUCCACAGUUUUUUUGUCCUCACGACAGGUUUGGAGAGCUUCAGCCUCUGUCUGUAUGCGGGGAUUAGGUGGAUCAUGACGUGGUCAGAAAGUCCGAGUGAAGCGCGGGGCAUCGCGCGAUAGGCCCCGCUGAUCGUGCUGUAACAGUGGUCUAAUGUCCUCUCCUCUCUGGUCGGGCAUUUAAUAUACUGCUUGUAUUUCGGAAGCUCAUGGCUCAGAUUGGCUUUGUUAAAGUCCCCAAGAGCAAUGAUUCAGCAGUCAUGCGAGUCAUUUGACAGCUUUUUAACGGACCUGAAACUCAAAGUGCGAAUGUGCAACUUUGCUACGCUACGUGACACAAUGAUCAGCAACCAGAUUGUUUUUCGCGUGGUAGACAGAAAAGUCAGAGACCUGCUGAGGGAAACCGACCUGACACUAGAGGGAGCUAUACGGAUUUGUCAAGCAUGUGAGAUGUCACAACAGCAUGUUAAGAGUUUCAGUGAAACGGGUGCCACUGCCAGUGACAGCGCUACUGUGGGAGCAGUUUCCAGUCAGAGAGGGAAACGCAUACUGCCGCGACCUGACAGCAGGAUGUUGGACUGCAAGUGUUGUGGCCUGAAGCACAUGCCCAAAAAGUGUCCUGCCUAUGGUAAAAUAUUCUCCAUCUGCUACGGAAAGAACCACUUUGCCAAGCAAUGCUUCUCAAAAGGUAAAGAGGACAAGACCCACUGACAAGAUGGUAGUGUUAUGCAUAAUGGGAAUGGUGAACUUCAUCGACAAAUUCAUUCCUAACCUGGCAGCAAACACAUCCUGUAUUCCUGAGCUUCUCUAUAAAGAGCAUGAGUUCGAGUGGACAGCCAAGCAUGAAAGUGAGUGGGCACAUCUCAAAAGAAUGCUGACAACUGCACCUGUAUUGGCAUUCUAUGACUCUUCAAAGAGAAUCAAACUGUCAACUGAUGCCUCAAAAGAUGGAAUUGGUGCAGUACUUCUGCAAGCUGAAGAUGAGCACUGGAAUCCUAUAGCCUACGCAUCCAGGUCCAUGACGGAGAGUGAGUGUCGCUACGCUCAAAUUGAGAAAGAAUGCCUGGGAUUGUUUUUUGGCCUAGAGAGGUUCCACAGCUUCGUGUAUGGCUUACCCUCUUUCACUGUAGAUUAUCGCCCACUAGUGUCUAUGAUCAAGAAGAACCUAAAUUAAAUGACGCCCAGAAUUCAGUGUCUGAUGAUGAGAAUGCAGAGAUAUGACUUUGUGCCACAAAACAUAUUUAUAAUAUGUCACAGCCUUGUGUCUGUUAACACUGGUCUAACUAAACCAAUGCUAAAAUAUAUAUAAAAACAAUCUUUGACAUAACAAUGCCAAUUCAUUUUGACAAAAGUACUACUGUUGACAAGUUGCACGUCGGUCAUGGUAUGGCCUGGUUUAGGUUUUGAAAUGCGUGAGCCAUCGCCUAUUAUAGCAUGGCUAGCAGUUUGAGGUGGACUGGAGAGUUAAAGGUUUUUUUUUUGAUAUUGUUAAUUCCAACAAAUAUAGAAAUUAAUCUUUGCUUAUUUGUGUUUGUGUUGUUUCCCCAUCUUCCUGGAGGAGAUGUCAUCUAUUGAUAUGCCAGGCUUUGUCUGGAUAUUGGUGUUUGCCAUUGGUGUUCUCUGUGUCUCCAUCUUGGGAAUCUAUGCUGCCUCCUCUGAGAAAGUCCUCGCGCUCAAAAUAUUUGCAGGCUUCAUGGGGAUUGGAAUGAUCACCAUGAUGAUCUUUGGCAUCAUUACAGCUGUUGGAAGGAACCAGUUGAAGGCUGCCUUCACAAGUCCCUCGAGCGAAGAAGUGUAUACGUACAUGAAAAAACAAGAAGUCAGAUCCUCUCUUCAAGAGCUACAGCAAACUUUCAAAUGCUGUGGAAUAGUGAGUGCUAAGGACUGGGGUGACCAAAUCCCCAACUCCUGUGAAUGCUGGUCUUCAAGAGGAUAUGAAUGCACAUCAAAACCUCAGGGGAUAAGAGGCCCAGAUCAAAUCUAUGUAAAGUCCUGUGGGGAGUUCAUCUUUUCAUCGAUGGACGGCUACAUCAAGAUCAGUAUUGGCUUCUGCUUUGGAUUUGCUGUUGUAGCACUGCUGGGCCUGCUCAUUGCCAUCUUCAUGAUUCAUCAGGUCAAACAGAAUGACACUGCUGGAACCGUUUAUGCCAUGAGGAGCUACUGACACAAAAAUUCUUAUGUCCUCUGACUUUAACCCUUCCUGAGUUAGGCUGUAACAAAUAGACUCAGAGGUUAGGACAUGGUCAUGUUUUUUUAUGGUACAGUAGCAUGCUGCAGCACUUAUCUCUCGCAGCUUUUUUUCAUGUGCAACAUAAAUAACCAAAAAUGUUUGGGUUUUUUUUCAAAAUCCUCAUAUUGCUUUUAUGUUGUUUGAUGUUAUGUAGUAUUGCAGUAAUCUUAUGCAGAUACAUUUUAGAAAGUAUACUGAAACUCCAAAUCUUUUUUUAAUCUGUGGAGAAUGAAGUUGUUGAGGAUAGUAGAUUUUACUGGUUGAUAUCAAAAAAAGAAGAAAACAAGUGAAAACUUCAACUAAAGUGAAUCCUGCAAAUUUCCAGUUAAAUGUCUGGAUAGUGUCAAACUGAAAAAAAAAAAACCAUGUAUGAUGUGCUUUUUUGUUAUCAAGUAUGAUAUUAAAGCAUUUUCAAUUAGCUAUUGCAAAGAAUAACCUUAGGCUGAAGGACAUGACUCAUACAUCACGAGACAAAAAGUCUUCUCUUACUAAAUCUUAUUGGAGGUAAUUUUCUAGCACUAUGGUGGUAUAGGAAACAAAAAAAUGCCUUAGUUACAAGCUAGUUAACUUCUUUAUUAACUGGCAAGUUUAUUGUUUAUUUCAAAAAUGAGGUUAAUAAUCUUUAUUAUUAUUAUUAUGUUCACAUUAAAGCCAAAGCCACCUCGCGUUAAAUGAUCCAGUCAGAAUGACAUUUAACCUGACACCUGCCUGUCAGAUUAAGGCGCAUUUGAGUAAACUGAGUAUUUGUCAGAACUCCUUGGUCAUUGUUUUGAGUUUAUUUGUUCUUUGCUCUUGCUUUCUUGAGAUUUCUUAACCAUUUUUCAUGUAAUUAUGUUUUUGGUUAUAUGCUGGAGCUUUAGGUUUUGGAUAAUAAUUCAGUCCUUGAAUCUUAGUAAAUGUCUUCUUGUAUCCCUUAACAAGUAUUCUUGUUAAGGGUUUGGUUGCCUUCCCUGUGUCUUGUCUAGUCUCUAGUUUGUGUUCCGUUUCCCUUCCCUGAUGUACAGAUUAGUUAGUUCCUGGCUCCAGCACUACCUGAAUUUCAUAGUGUAAUAUUUUGGUAUUUCUGCAUUAAA